UUUUUUGUAGAUUGAUGAUGGAGCUUCUUUGAAACAAACCGUCCAGGAAUAUAUAUCCAGUAAUAGCAUUAUCAAUAUCCCAAUUCUCCUCCGAUUGAACUCUAUCUUGGAUCCGUAUUAACAAAAGUGCUUGUUCCCCGCAGCAGCCUUAAACUCCGCCUGUCACAGCUCCGGCGGGACCCGACCCAAGAUACUCAAGGGCAGAGCUCUCCCCAGCCCUGAAGACGCCAGAUCACGCCAGAUUGAUGAUACCCAAUCCAACGAAGCCUCUUUCUACAGUCAUCAUACAAUUACUCUAGAGCUCCGCACCUUCACUUACUUGUAUACAUACCACCACCCGCCAUGCCGACCGCCACGACAACCACCUCUUCCACCCCUCCUCCCUCCGCCCUGACCUCCCUCACAACCCCCACGACCCAAAACCCCACAGCCUCCCUAACCACCCAAGUACUCCAUAACCUCCAGCACCAACACCUCUGGACAGCCCUACGCAUCCACGAACCCCACACCCUCUCCCCAGCGCAGCGCAUGCCCCUAAUAUCCGGCCUGCCCCCGCAAACCCUCUACACCCAUCCGGACGAGCAAGCGUUCAUGCUCGAGCACGGCAUUGGCACGGACGAUGUGCCUGUGGAACGCGAGUGGGUGAUUCCAACGGCGCAGGGACAGGCGUGGAGCUUAAGGAGGUUGGUGGAGUGUUUUGAUUCACUGCCAUUGCCUGACAGCAAACACGGAGACGGGGGCGAGGCUGUGAAUGGAGAUGGAGAUGGUGACAGUGGUUCGGGUUCGGGUUCGGGUUCGGAAACGGAAAGUAGAGUAAAGAUGGAGAAGACGGGGGAAAAGAAGAAUGCGAAGAAGAAUGAUAGGAGAAAGUUAAGUAAAGAGGAGAUAUUUGCGGAAUAUGAGCGGAGGAGGAGGGGGAAGGAGUGGGGUGGGAAACGAGCUUUGAUGGCAAUGGUGAAUAGAGGGAUGGGCGGGGAUGGGACGGUGGUGUACUAUGUCGUGCUUGAGGGGAGCGUGAAACCGAGGCAAAAUUGAAGGGGGAAUGAUUGUUUUCUUCUUUGGAUAUUUAUCCUAUGGGCUACGCGCGCCUGGUAUCUCUUGCCUAUAUUGCAAGGGGAAAUUUGGCCUGUGGCGGCAUUGGUGGGUAGAUAUCAGUCGUAAGUUCACUGUCAGCAUCAGGGCAUUCGAAGUAGGUGGCGGUCACAAAGAACAUUGAUCUACUCUGACGACCGAAGUCAGAUUUGCACCUACUCGACACACACCAGAGCCCUUGAUUCCACACCAAAAGCGAAGGAACUGAGGUAAUAUAAUAAAACAAACCAGGUGUAUUAUCCAUCCGUCUAUCUUUAAACGCUACCCAAAAGCCCAUGUCAAACCAAAAGGAGAAAGAAACCGAAAGCAAAGAGAGACAAGUCGACAGACGCAAAAGACCAACCCUUGAUCGAUCCAUCAUGGCAUGCUACAGCACGAACCCGAACACCAGAUCAACUAGGUAUCAUAUCAAAGCCAACCAAUUUUUCCCGUUUUCAAACUAAAAAAAGCCACGAAUGAGAAAACGGGAGGGAAAAGAAAAGAAUGACAAACACCCGCUGGGAAAAACGUGGGCAAAUCAAACAUCGGAGAACCAAGGGAUAUAUAUAUGAACAACCCCUCUUUGUUACUGAAAUCAAUCAACCACGAACCUUCUCUAGUUCCCGCUGACAACUCAAACAAUAAUCCUGAUACCAAAGCUGGAUAUCUUCAAUAUCAGUGGCUGCGAAUCUCUUCUCAAAGUCCGAGAUAAUUUCGUCACUGUCGCCGCCGGCGCCGUGGUCUCGGUCAUGCAAUCGUUCCCGAUCGUUCAACAGAAUCUCGAUCACUUGGCACUUCUGCGUCUCCUGGUGAAGCCAGCGUUCCCAUUCCGCUUGAAUUACCUCCUUCUCUAUCCGGUUAACCACCCUGAGGGCAACGAGGAGGUUAUGUCGGUAAAUACCUAACCGUUCUCUUGUGCGUUGGAGCUGCUGUGCGGCGCCCUUUGCCCUAGAAUCCUUCGCUUUGGUUGCAGAGGUUGUGAUUGCCCGUGGCAGAUCUGCAGAUCUUAAAGCGUUGUUAUCCCGGAAAGUUGAGAAGCUAUAAUUGAAACAAAGUUAACUGUCUGCGUAACUUGUAACACCGAUAGAACAAAAGUAAUAAUAAUAAUGGACUGACCAGGAACUUGAAUUGCCCGUAUCGAUUUCAGUAGCAUUAGCAACAACAAUGUCCAUGUCCUUAAUAUAUACCGCCUUGCUCAUCACUCGGUUAGGUCCAACACCAAGCCGGGUCAUGAAGUUGCCAGCAUUGCGUUCAUGCCACCAUUCAACCGUAUCAUGAUACGAAUGGUACCCGUUAAUAAGCAUGCUGAACGCGAGGAGCAAAAGAAUGAUGCUGUGCGCGCUGCAGGUUUUCCAUAUCCAUCGGAGUAGCACCCAGAACCAGAUCAUCAACGAUGAUACUGCACUCUGUAGCAAAGAUCCGGAAGUUUCUAGCAGGAGUGGGAUGAUACCACUUUGUUUGACGGGCCGGCGAAGACGAGAUUUUAAAUUUUGCGAACUCUCAGUAAAUUCGAUUCCACGCGUUUGGCGGCCGACGUGGCCGAAUUGCGCUAUGGCCCUUUUCGUUUGGUUGUGAGGUCCAAGCCGUUUAACCUCUUCAGAUACAAGAUCUACAAGGUCAAGCGCAUCCUGUUCGAGAUCGUUCAAGGCUUGCCUGUCGAUUAUACCUGUUGAUCCGUCACAUUAGCUACUGGUACGGCUCAGGUACAUUGACUCUGGAAAUGGGGUAAAUGGGAGGAAAACCUACUUCGAAUAAGAUGCCACGGCGUCCUUUUGUCUGUUACUACGUAGCAUAAGUGAUCGUUUAGGACAUCGAGAAUUUGGUAGUCAGAUACAUCCGUGAGGCGAAGCCGUCCUAAGUUUUAUUAGUUUGGGCCCGGAAAAUCCGUGGAUGCGAGGCUGGGAUCUAUCUUACUGAAUGUAUCUGCCAUAUUUAUCUGGUAUUGGAUAUCACGUCUCAAAUGUGCAGAAUGAAGAUUCGACCAUGGGCCCUGUCUGAUGUCUUUUUCGUUUAGUCCGAUUAGUUUGGAAUCAUGGCUGGCACAUGGGGCGAAAUAUUUCAAACUUACUUUGGGCUCUCCGCUGGUGUUGAAGCAGCUGCCAAACGGCACUCUUAUCCCCAAAAAGAAUGUGGAACAAGGCUUUCGAACUAAUAUCAUAGAAUUUCUCAGCAGCCAGGUAAAGAGCGCCCUGCGGUACAUAUUCGACGGGUUGAGAUGGCAACUUGAAUCGAGGUGCGUCGUGAUAAUCAGACUUGCGCUUAUUCAUAUCCAGAUCAUGGUCACUGCGUAGUACUGGCUUCAAAGGGGCAUCGGAGCGUUUCCCAUUUACACCAUUCGACGCUCCGUCGACUGGGGUAUUCAGUGAGACAUCUUCCCAACUCUCCAUGCUGGGUGUCCGGGUAAUAUCUUGUUCCAUUUUCACCAAGGAUUUGAAUAUGCUUUCCAGGUUAGGUGGUUCAUUCGAAGAGGCAAUGCCGACUAGAUAAUUCAGCCUCUUGUGAAUUAAUUUCAAAGGAUCCAAGAAGGUUUUUAUCGUCAGUCGACGAGGGAUAUCACUUCCCUCUUCAGCAGCUAGGUGAAGGAACAAAAAGUCGCAAUCUCUGCCGGGAGCAGCCGUCACUUCAGUAAUCAUAUCGAGGUCGGCACAGCUUGUGAGUACGAGACUGAAAUGAUUGCUGUAAAAGUAAAUACGCCUUGUGGUGACAUAUACUCUUCCUGGAAAGUCCUGCUGGUCAUUCAAACUAAAAAACGCUCGGAAUACAAGGAGAAGAGUCUCAUCCCCCGGUAUGUUUGGGAAAAGGAGACGGAAUUGGGCGUCAUGGGGCUUUAGAUAUGCAGGGAAAUAGCUUGGGUACUCGUGUAGGACUGUGGCGCCGUCACUCAGAGUUGAUGAAUCGCCACCACCAAGACUGACAGUUUGUCUGUGAUGACUUGUGGGAGGGGGAUAUUCUGAAACAACAACACAAUAUACCUGACGGUCAGCUACUCCGAG